UAUGUAACAAGUAUUAUCAGAUUUUUAAAUGUAAUUAUAUUUAAAAUAAAAAUCCAUAAUUAAUAAGAAUAAUUUUAUAGAUGUACUUACAAGCCCGAUUUGUUUGGAAAUGCAAUAAGUUGCUGAGACCAUUUUUGCAGGCUGUUGUGUUGUUUUCAGCCUAUUAUACUGCCUUAUCCAGAGUAUCUGACUAUAAACAUCAUUGGAGUGAUGUUUUAACUGGUUCAAUUCAAGGAAUCAUUGUUGCAAUCAUAGUGGUGCUAUUUGUUUCUGAUCUGUUUCCUAAUUGCAAGAAUAAUUACUAUAUUAGCAAUGCUUCUUCAGACAGUUCAAAUCUUAACAGAAGCAAUAAGAAAAAUACAGAAUUUAUUGAAAAUGAAAGAAGUUCAGUGUAAAAAUAAUGUUUUCAAGUGAUUUAUUUUAAUCAUGCAUUCCGUGAAAUGUUUUUGUAAAUGCCUAAAUU